AUGGGUGGUUUUGAUUUGCCCUCUGUGAAGCCUUCUGCAAUUGCACUGGGCGCUAUCUUCACACACACAGCAUCUCUUGGUAUCCUCGCCCCCGUUUUUGGUGAUACCUAUCAUCGUGCCCAAGCCGCCAACUCGAAGGAAGAAUUCUUCAAAUCCAAGGAGGCUGCCGGUGCAGCAGCAGCUUGGGGUAGCUCCCUGGUUGGUAGUGCUGUACAGACCUAUGGUGUGGCGGCGUUAAUCAACGCAACCGGGACCUUAAGCUACAAGGGCGCGGCUUAUCUUGGAAGCUUGGUCUUUAUGGCCAGUGCAGCUCCAAGUUUUAUCAGCCAGAUCUUCACAGAGAAGCGGCCGCUUGACACAGUCGCUGUAGGCGCCGUUGGUAGGAUUUUCGAGACAGUAGGUCUCAGUCUAUUCCUUACUUGGUGGGGCACGCGCACCAAUCCUUUCGCCUAA